AUGGACACUGAUCCCCCGUCACCACCGCCGCCAACGACGUCCCUUUUCUCGCCGGCAGCCACAACCCCCCCCGCAUCCCACCUCCCACUAUCGCAGACCACCCCCCCGGACAACGCCGUCCUUUUUCCGGUAAAAGACCCAUAUCUUCGGCCCGCGCACCACGCCCGCGAUACUGGUCGCCUCGGCCGCGUCCUACACCGGAAGAAUGAUGGGCUUCCAUGUCCCGUCGGACUCGCUAUACUGUCCCUCGCAGAUGUCGCUGCGGUACGGAGCCCCGCAGCACACGCUCGGACCAGCUGA